ACAAGAUGGCUGCGCCCAUGACCUCGUAAAAUUUUCUCCUUCGCAAUAUAUCGUCAUUUUCUGGUGUUUGGUCAAAUCUAAGUAUAUAUAUUAAGAGUCUGUCAAAAUGGCUGUCCAAAUGUUGUCAAAAUGCCUGCAGAGGAUGUCCUUAUCAACUCUGGGUCAAGUUCAGCACCAGGCUAGAAUGAUCUCUUCUACUGCUGUGCUUCAGAAACGGCCUCCGAUGUGGUAUAAAACUCCUCCAAUACGAAUCACUAAAUUAGUAGAGGAGGAAAAGUACACAGUUCAACCAAUUAAAAUGAAUCGAUUUGCUGGGAGGGAUGAACAUGGGCACAGAAUCACGAGACGAGGUGGUGGAAACAAGCGGAGAUAUCGCCUCAUCGACUGGAAGAGGCGCGGCAACGACGAUGGAUCCAAAAUGGUGGAGAAAGUGAUCGAGAUUUGUUACGACCCAAAUCGAUCGGCGAACAUUGCCUUGGUUGCGCAAGGCGAGGAUAAACGUUACAUCAUAGCAACGGAGAAUAUGAAGAAGGGAGAUUUGAUAAAGUCAUCAUCGGAUAUCCCUCGGAUGGCAGUGAAAGCCUUUGAAGGUGAUUCUCAUCCACUUGGAGCCCUUCCAAUUGGCACACUUGUUAACUCAGUGGAGAGGUGGCCAGGGACGGGUGGCCGUGUUGUUGUUAGUGCCGGAGUGUCAGCCAUUUUGAUCCGGAAAGUGGAUGGUCGUUGUAUUGUAAAACUCCCAUCAAAGCAGGAGAUAAACGUUGACGAAAAAUGUGCAGCGACGGUCGGAAGAGUUGGAAAUGUUGAUCAUAAUAAGAUACAUUAUGGAAAAGCUGGAGCGAAACGAUGGGCAGGUUUUCGUCCGCGAAGUGGACUUUGGCAGCGGAAAGAUGCACGUUAUGGUCGCCGAAAUCAUGGACCAAAACCUGUGAAAGUUUAUGAUAAGAUGCCUGAACCUCCCGUUCCAAAACUCAGAUUUACUGGCGUUAAACGUAUAAAAACAGAAAGAGAAUAUUAUGCAUAGAAGUAUGAAAUUGUGAAAUAGGAAGAAAUUUUAUCUGUGAAGAGAAUAGAUAUGGUGCAUUUUACUACAUGCACAUGUAUCUCCCAGAUGCCAUUGCAAGUGGGAAGUACGGAACAGUAGGAAAUUAUGAUUGACGAUUUGUGGAAAGGGUUAAUGAGGACAUGCAGGUGACGUCAUCGCAAAAAAGAUGCCAUUUUGGGGAACGAAUUUAUGUCACUAAUCAAUGUGGCAAACGUUGUCGUCAACCCAAUAUUGCAAAAGUAAAGUUUUGCGACGUCAACUGAGAUGUUAUCCCCGCAUGGUACACCUUGGAGGCAACGUCAGCAGGGUCAAGGUCACUAAUUGACGUCCAAAAUGGAUGUCCUAGUGAUGUCACUUUAGAGUGCCUGUACAGAGUGGUAGUGUGAUGAAUCAGAUGUGAUUUUACACCAAUCAAUAAAUGAAGAUGAGUCAGAUAUGCGGUUUACUUCUAGGCCCUUCUUUUGCCCUUUUCUGGUAUGUAGAACAGGGCUUGGAAGAAAAAUUGUGGUUUCUCGAAAGUUAAUCUUUUACGGUCAUGGCAAAUCGUAAAUAUUGUCCUGUUCGUGAUAAUUUACGUCCUAAUAAAGUUCAAAUAUUUCGUAAAUA